GGACGCAGUCUGGAGCACGAGACGGAUGUGAGUUAAUCCGAAAAGUUGCCGAAGGAGUUGCAGUGAGGCAUCGAAGACCGCGGAUUUGUUGGGGGUAAUUCAUCUGUUUCUCGGACUGCGAGCCGCGUUUAUAGCACAAAUUAAUAUUAUUUUUUUUCCAUAAUCGGCGUUUUAACAAGGUAUUGGAACUUUUAAAGGAGUUAAUUAAACGCCGUGCUUCAUUCACUUCAUAAACCCAAUUUCGGACCUCACGCGACGUUGAAGACUGCAUUAAGUGCAUUAAGUGACGAGAUGGAGCUCUCUUUAUUAGCGCUGUUCUGCUUUUGCCACCUAGCUCCAGUUUUGGGCUCAGCUUUUGGCAGGGAGAUGCCAGCCUCUACGAUGGAUGAUGCCCAUGACUAUGACAGUCCAUUUCAUUAUGACUACGAGUCGGUGCGGAUUGGCGGUUUGGUCUUCGCUGCUGUGCUCUUCUUCUUGGGGAUUUUUAUAAUCAUCAGCCGAAAGUGCCGUUGCAGAGGAAGCCAGGCCUCUUAAAGCUAUUGGAUUUAAUCCAGAAGCAACCUGAGCAUGUAUUACCACCAGAAGGAGACAGGAGUUGGAUGGCAAAAGCCUAAAAGGAUCCGGUUUUCUUAAGCGUAUUCACACACAUGUCUGAUUUAAUCAUCAUUUUCAUCCAACACUGCCGUUUCAACACUGCCAUUUCUCUCUAAUAUCUGAUCCAUAUAUUCUUAGUUGACAAAGUCUCUUUUUGUGUGGUAGGGAUUGCAGUUCUUUCUUCCUGAUCUUUCAUUCACUUACUUUUCUCCACAAAACAUGUUUUGUAAGAUCCCUUGACAUUUCCUUAGACUUCUGUAGCUUGUAGUUAUGAAGUGUUAAGGUACAGUUUCAUUUCAUAUUGUAGGUUUUUUUUUUUUUUUUACAUUUUGUAAAUUCUUUUAAUUGUUUGCAAGAUACUGAUUUGCUGUUGAGAUUAUUCAUUAGGUUAAGAGAACACAUGACUGACAGCUUUUCUAUCAAAUAAACAUGAUUAAAUGAAA